AUGGGUUGUUUGAGUUUGGAUAUGGGGGUCGUGAAAAUUUUGGGGUUUUUGUGGUCUCAGAGAAGGAAGUUGAGGUUUCUAUACUGGGUUGCAUUCUGGUUGUGUGUAGCUUUGGUGCUUUUUCAGCCGGUGGCGGGUCUCAGACCCUUGCGGGAAAGGGCUCGCUCGUGGGGUGAUGAGUGGCUAUUUGUAAGAAAGGAUGAAGGUGAUUUGGGUCCAUUUUCUACAUGGAACAUAACAGGAACUUACAGAGGGACUUGGAAGUUUCCUGAUUCUGCAAAUAGCUCUUCCAGAUUUCCGGAUUUUAGAAAAUCCGACGGCAACUCUAUCAUCGAAUUAGUUAGCACGCAAACAAAAAUAACUGGCGUACAUUACGUGCAGGGUGUAAUUAUUUUCCAUGAUGUGUUCGACAAUGAACACAAUGUUGGUGGUGUUCAAAUCAAGGUGGAAGGUGUAUUUAUAUGGCCAUUUAGACAACUUCGAAUGGUAGCUAACAGUGGAAAAGAGGGAGAGUCCAGUCAAGAAGAGGAUUAUAUGUUGUCAAAUCCGUAUCAUAUGCUUGGAGUUUUCUCUUCCCAGGUUUUCCAAGAAUCUCCUCGAGAUAAGAUAUGGAGGAAAAAGCAUUCUCCAAUUUAUGAAAUGGAGAAACAUUGUAAUAUAGAAAUUGCGGGCCAAAUUUCACGCGUCUCAUCCCCCCAUAAUGAUGGUGAUCGUGAUCGUUACCACAUAGAAGCAUUGAUGGAGAGUCCUGCAGUGGAUGAUGAUGGAGAUUGCUUCUCACCCUUGGUACUAAAUGCUACUUCUGUCAAUGUUGAGGUGUACUACAACAAAGCAGUGAACUAUACCUUGAUGGUCACCUUUGUCUCCUUUCUCCAAGUUCUUCUCUUAAUUCGCCAAAUGGAACAUAGCAACACUCAGUCGGGGGCUGCCAAAGUUUCAAUUCUAAUGAUUGGCCAACAGGCUAUCAUGGAUGCUUAUCUUUGCCUUCUACAUUUGACCGCAGGAAUACUUGUUGAAUCCUUAUUUAAUGCUUUUGCGACUGCCGCUUUUUUCAAGUUUGUUGUCUUCUCAAUAUUUGAGAUGAGAUAUCUUCUUGCUAUAUGGAAAGCUAGUAGGCCGACAAAUAGUGGAGAAGGUUGGGAGACAAUGAGGCGUGAGCUUUCAGUUUUAUAUAGCCGUUUCUAUGGGAUCCUUUUGGGAGGCAUUCUGUUCAUGUAUGAGUUCCAUAACUUCCUAAGACCUAUUCUUCUCCUUAUGUACUCAUUUUGGAUACCACAAAUAAUUACCAAUGUUAUUCGUGAUUCGAGGAAACCAUUGCAUCCUCAUUACAUCUUAGGCAUGACUGUUACUCGGCUUGCAAUCCCGUUAUACAUAUUUGGUUGCCCUAACAACUUCAUGCGUAUUGAGCCUGACAAGAGUUGGUGUAUUUGUUUGGGUGUAUUUAUUGGACUGCAAGCAUCAAUUCUUCUUCUUCAGCACUAUCUUGGCUCUCGGUGGUUCAUUCCUCGUCAGAUUCUACCUGAAAAAUAUAGCUACUUUAGAAGGUACGAUCAGGAUACACAUCACACCACAGACUGUGUCAUUUGCAUGACUGCAGUUGAUCUCACACAGCGUUCAAAUGAUUGCAUGGUGACACCAUGCGACCAUUUCUUUCAUUCAGGUUGUUUACAAAGGUGGAUGGAUAUAAAGAUGGAGUGCCCAACUUGUCGGCGUCCACUGCCACCAGCCUGA